AUGCGACGACAUUGCACUAGUCUCUUCCAGGCUGCUCAUUUUCGGUGCCAAGACGCGUUAGGUUUUGUGGAUUUCAGAGUGAAAGCACGCAAGGCCGUCGAGAAAGCGUUUAUACCAGAGUUUGUGCUGCCAAACGUGGCGAAAGGAUCGCAAAAUUCACCGAAGGAUGGAAUCAUCAUUGUGGUCUACCCUAAGCUUGUUGCGAGUGCCUAUGCACUGGAAUUGUACAGCUUCCCUGGACCCCUCACUCCGUUGAAGCGCCUGGUGGACUCGGACGCCACUAUCACUUUCCACAAGAUCGACGACACUCGUGCCAUGGGCUUUGGUGCCAAAGUUUUUUCAAUCUACAACAGUUUUUUAGACCGGGUAUUAUUUCUUGAUGCAGACAAUUUUCCAGUUCGAGAUCCAAGCUCUCUUUUUCAAACGCCUGAAUUUGAGAGUACUGGAGCCAUAUUCUGGCCGGAUUACUGGCAUCCUAAGCGUACAAUCUUUAAUAUUCAUGCGAAAUCGAUGCUCUGGGAACUGUUGGAUGUCCCCUUCGUCGACAUGUUCGAGCAGGAGAGUGGACAACUACUUCUUGACCGACGGAGACAUGCAGUACCGAUGAAGUUGGCAUUUUUCUACAUGUUUCACCGACCCAAUUACUUCACUAAACUCAAGGUAGCGCACGGCGACAAGGAUCUCUUUCGGUUCGCAUGGCUUAAAUUGAAUGCCUCCUUCCACAUGGUGCAGUCACCUCCUGCAGUAGCAGGAAAAGUGAUUAACGGCACAUUCUGCGGCAUGACAAUGGUACAAUUCGAUCUUGGAGGCAAUGUGCUCUUCCUCCAUCGAAAUCAGUUCAAACUCACGGGAAAACUCGCAGGACUCAAGAAGAGAGAAGCUCCAGAAGCCGAUGGACUACCAGAUCCGGUCAUCUGGACGCACCUGCUCUCCUUCGAUAACACCUAUGAUACCAAUCACUACAUCAUCGACACGUACAGGGGCCAACCAGCCUUCCCGAAAUCUCAGAGCUGUUUUGGUAAACGUAAACUGGAGAAGGACCCGCAUUUUACUUCACAAAACUUUAGCACCUUGAGCUUUGCUGGUUUGGAAAACACAGUUCGCCAAUUCGCUGUAGAUGCUGUCAAUUUGCUUCCACCUAGACACAAUGCAGAUACAAUGCGGCAAAGACUUGCUGGAUAAUUUGUUUAUUGGUAAAUAGAGUGUAGAUAAAUCCUUCUUGGACUACAAUAGAGUACAUAAACAUUUUCACAUUUACUAGCUAUCGACAAAUAUACUAAAGCUGAC